CCACCUGAUCUAUUAAAAAAGGAGGGGAAUCCACCACGAGAAGCGUCGCAUCCCGACGGUACCUCUGUCGUAAAUAUGGCGGUCCAAGCUCCGAGCAGCCGGACCGGAUCCGUUAGCAGCCUGGGGAACAGUCCAACCGCAGCACCAGGAGGCUUAAAUAACAACAACAACCACAAGCUGUGGUGCUGCCACGAGCUGGACUUCAGGUCCGGAGUGAAGAUCGAGGAGCUCAACCGACUCAUCCAUGAAUUCAGCAAACAAGACCAACGAGAGUAUGAUGACCAGAGGGCACUGGAAAUACACACCGCCAAGGAUUUCAUCUUCUCUAUGCUCGGCAUGGUGCAAAAGCUGGACCAAAAGUUGCCUGUUGCCAAUGAGUACCUAUUGUUGUCCGGUGGUGUGAGAGAAGGUGUGGUGGACAUGGAUCUGGAUGAGCUUGGCAUCUAUAACCGUGGCUCUGACUAUGACAUGGCCUUCACCCUGUUGGUUCCUGCACUUAAGCUGCAUGACCGGAACCAGCCUGUCACACUGGACAUGCGCCACUCAGCACUAGGUCAUUCUUGGCUCAGCUUGCGACUUUUUGACGAGGGUACCAUUAAUCGUUGGCGAGACUGCUGCACGCUGACUGACCAUCUGAACGGCACCACCAAUUACUUCUUCUCACCCACACUGGUAGCUGACUGGUUCCAAGAAGCUGUCGGACUGGUGCUGACGGAGUUGCAACGCAAGCCACAAAGGGGCACCCCAAGGGUGGAGCGGGUGGAGCGUCACAGCACGCUGCUGUCUAUGGUUUUAGGUGUGGGCAGUAGUCGCAUGCUUUAUGACAUUGUACCUGUGGUGUCUUUUAAAGGCUGGCCAGCGGUUGCUCAGAGCUGGUUGAUGGAGAACCACUUCUGGGAUGGCAAAAUCACAGAGGAGGAGGUCAUCAGCGGCUUCUAUCUGCUGCCUGCCUGCUCAGCCUCUGGUUGCCAGGAAAACGAGUGGCGUCUCUCCUUCGCCCGCAGCGAGGUGCAGUUGAAAAAGUGCAUCUCACCAGGCCUCAUGCAAGCUUACCAGGCGUGCAAGGCAAUAGUUGUAAAGCUGCUGGCUCAACCCACAGCUAUCAGUCCCUACUACUUACGCAGCAUUAUGCUGUGGGCCUGUGACCGACUACCUGCAAGCUAUUUGUCACAGGAAGACUACGCUGCACACUUCCUGCUAGGCCUCAUUGAUGACCUGCAGCACUGCCUUGUCAACAAGACCUGCCCUAACUAUUUCAUCCCGCAGUGUAACAUGUUGGAGCACUUGUGUGACGAGACCGCCAUAUUUCAUGCCCGUAAGCUAGCGCUGGUACGCUCGGAUCCCGGUGAACACCUGCGCUCCGUCAUUGAACAAGCCAAGGCGGCCAACAGACUGACGCUGGAGAUGCAGCGUCGCGGGAGUUCCUCAGGACUGCCCUCUCCACUGGCGGAUCCUUCCUCAGCAGAUCACCAGCAGCCAGAUGACCGCUUGGCCAAGAAGCUACAGCAGUUGGUGACCGAGAAUCCAGGCAAGUCCAUCUCUGUAUUCAUCAACCCCGACGACGUCACGCGACCUCACUUCCGUAUUGAUGACAAGUUCUUCUGAAAACUUAGGUCUAUUUCCGGUUUUACCCGAGGGGUGUGCAUGGCACUGUCCAUAAACUGGAGCUGUGUCCUUGUGCCUGCUUACAUCAGACUGGAGAGGAUCUUCUGGAGGAAACAACUGCAACAGUUCUAUAAGACUGGCCUUACUGAGUGGAAAAUCCCAAUUUGCACCUUAAGGGGAUUUCAUAUCAAAGGUGACUCUGAGAAGAAGAGCUGUGUAAGUCUAGCGCAUUCUGGACAAUGAUUUACAUAGUAUAUGAAAAUAUAGCAUAUGUCCUGUAGAUGGUAUUGUUAUUCUGAUGAAAAGUCUGUUGUAACAAACAAUAGAAUCAGACAUGUGUUUUGCAUCUGUGUUGACUGAGACGACACAUUCCCAUUUCCGUAUAUCACCUCUUUAUGUUUGUGGUCAAUUAACAUAACUUGUUAUUUAUUUAGAGGAAGCAACAAAAAAUAUGUCAAUUAAAGCCAAACCUUUUCUAUCUAUAGUUGAUUUAAAUCACAUUCCUUAAGUGCAAUUAAAAAAAUGUACAUUAAUGCCCAGUUAGAGUGAGGUUAUUAGAGUGAGGACAAAAAUGUUCAACUAAUGCAGAAUUGUCUAAAGUGACUUAAAGCCCUGAAAAUGUUGCUGCUGUUGGAGAAUAAAAGGAUGUUAUUUUGUUUUUGAACUAUGAAAGUGACUAGCAGCUACUGUAUAUAACAUAAGCCCUCUUAUCACUAAUGUUAAAGGGAUAGUUCACUUUUACUCGCCCUCAUGUUGUUCCAAACCUUUGUAAACACAACGGAAGAUAUUUUGAAGAAUGUUUGUAGCCAAACAGUUGUGGGGCACCAUUGAGUCAGUGGCAACUGUUGGUUACCCAUAUUCUUCAAAAAUAUAUUUGUGUUCAGCAGAAGAAAUGAAUAAAGGUUUGGAACAACUUGUGGAUGAGUUAAUGAUGAUUCAUUUUUUGCUGAUUUAUUCCUUUAAUUGCUUCUCAAAAUAAAAAAUACAGAGUAGGGCAUCAAUCGUAUAGUUUGUACUGUACCUCAAACAAUCUAGCUUACCUGUGUUGUUCCUCCAGUAAAUAAAGAAUUGUGCAUUGUUUUGAAAGCUGU